UCCCGCCUCCUUCCUUGGGGCCAGCGAUUGGGGGAGACGGCCUCUCCUUGAGCUGCCAAUCAAGCUGCGCGCUGUGCGCCUCGCGUUCAACGCUGCUCUCUGCGACGCGCUUAGUGCGGAGCGAGGAGACGCGCUGCAUACCAACAGAGACACAAACGGAGAGGCUUGAGUUUUUUUGGCCAGGACGCACAGACUCCAUCCUGCUCUCUGAGAAAAAGAUUAUCAAAUCAGAUUAUCGGACGGUGUGAAUGUUUACCUUUCAGUUUUCAUGCGUUCUUAGAGAAAUCCUGCCUGUUCUUCAAGGCACUGAGAGCCAAACUAAGUCUGUCUGGGAUAUUUGGGCUUUCUGCUGUUACAUUUUUUAUCUGGCAGACAGAGACAUUUAAGAAAAUCUCACUCAUUCUUUUUUUUCCUAUCCUUUGCUGGCUGUCUCUCUCUUUCUCUCUCUCUGACGGGACUUAUUAAAAAAGUCGGAUGUAGAAGAGUUGGACUAUUUCUGCUGAGAUUCAUCCAGUGGGUUGUUUUUACACACACAUAAUUCCCGCAGCGGCUCCAUAACGAAGGAAUACCCCAACAUUUGAGCAGAAAAUCAAUCAGAACUCCAUCAUGGGCUGCCCUCUUUUGCAGAACACAUUGGCUGGUUUGAUCCUGGUUCUUCUGUCUAAAGGGUCCAAUGUGCUCGGAGCAGAAUUCAGCCACCUGCCGGACAACAUUACAGUGUUGGAAGGCGAAAGCGUCACUUUGAGAUGUCGGAUCGACGAGGAAGUGACCCACAAAGCUUGGCUGAACCGCUCUAACAUCCUUUUCACGGGGACAGAUAAGUGGUCCCUGGACAAAAGAGUGACGCUGGUCAACACCAGCAGCAGGGAGUUCUCCAUCCUCAUCAACAAGGUGCAAGUAACAGACGAGGGACCGUACACCUGCACCUUUCAGGCCAACAACAAACCCCGCAUCACCCACGUCUACCUCAUAGUCCAAGUGCCAGCAAGAAUCGUAAACAUCUCAAAAAGCGUGUCAGUGAAUGAGGGAGAGAAUGUAAACCUUUAUUGUCUGGCUGUCGGCCGGCCGGAGCCCACAGUCACAUGGAAGGACCAGAAAUAUGGACUUGUGAGUGAGGGGGAGUUUUUGGAUAUCACGGAGAUCAAGAGGCAGCAGGCUGAGGACUAUGAAUGCAUUACCCACAACGGCGUGGCUCCACCUGACCAGCAGAAGGUCAGAGUCACGGUAAACUAUCCUCCGAUGAUCACAGACAUGAAGAAUAUGCCUGCAAAUCUAGGGAAGACAGCCAUCUUGAGGUGUGAUGCAAUGGCAGUGCCACCAGCUACAUUUGAGUGGUACAGAGAUGAUCAUAGGCCAGUGGAGAAUGACAACACCUUACGGAUCAAAAACGAGAAGACGCGCUCGCUGUUGCUGUUUACCAAUGUGACAGAGAAACAUUUUGGCAACUACACUUGCUUUGCCUCAAACCGUCUGGGUUCCUCCAACGCCAGUAUGCUGCUGUUUCGACCAGGAGCCCUCCAGGGGCGAGGAUCUGGUUUACAUGCAGGGAUGAGUGCCAGCCUGUGUGUUUGGGUUUCCCUCUCUGCUGUUCUUCUGAUGAAAGUGUGAAGCUCUGUUUGCUGGAAUCAUCCUCAAACACCAAGCCCCAUUUCUUCCUCUGCUCCCUCUGUCUCACUCUCUCCCCUCUCUCAAAGGAAGGAAAACGGAAAUGAAAUUCUUUAAUUACGAACCCAUCACUGUGAACAAAAAGAAUAUGCAUUAUUUCAGGAGCCAUUGAAUCACUGCAUCAAACACGACUACUCCCUUGAAACUCCCUCCCCUGCACCUUCCGUUCAGUUAUGAAUUCAACUUAGUCACAAUAUCUCUUUCUUCUGUUUCUCUUUCACGCAUACAAUUUGUCCUUUUCGCCUUGCAGACUUGUCUGACUUGGUACUUUCCCUCGCCGCCUUUUGCUUUCCCCCAUUACUCCCACUGAGGUCAAGCUGAUAGAAAGUGUAUAUUAACGAUGACGGCGACAAACAAGAAAAUAGAUAAUCUAACAACUGUAUGGUCAUUUAUGUAAUAUAAAACACAGACUAUUGACUGACCUACAAUGUUUGCCUUAUGGAAAUAAUACAUGGAAUCACAAUAUUUUGGUGGGUAUUUAUGGAAAUGAUAGUUAUAAUGUGAUACUGGCUGUCAUGUGAAGUUUCACUCUAUGAUCACACACUUAAACCAAGUGCAGACACAUGUAUGUUUUUUUUGUAUAUUAUUAUUUUUAUUUUACCAGUGUAGCAGUGAAGCUGCUAUGAAUGAUGUCAAAAUGUAUUAAAAAAGGAUGGGUGGUGAUGGCGCCUGUCCUCUUUAUGUAAUUUGGGGAGGUUUAUACUAAGUUUUCGCAUGUAGCCCUCACUACCCAAACCUUUUUAAGUCCCUCCACCCUCCUCCUUGCCUCUCUGUUUAAAGUGCUUUGUCUAGUUGCCCUUCAUAUUGCUAGUGUUCUCAGCUGUGCGUCGAUCCUGCCAUUCAUCGUCACCUGCUUUUCAUCCCUCCACUGUAAAUAUGUGCAGCACAGAGGCCAUGCUGGUGACUUCAGGUUGCCUCCAUAAGAUCUUCAGUAAGCCUCUACUACAUUUAAGUCUUCUGAAGCAGCAAGAGACUGUCUAUUGACAAAUAAUAUCUUCUGUUUCAAAGCUGUUGCUGCUCCAUCCUCUUUGUCGCUUGUUGAUAGCAUGUACUGGUUAGAGAUGUUCCUGUUGUGAGUCCAUACGCCCUCUCUCCCUCCCUGCACUGUGUCUGUUUUUUCUCUGCAAGGUUACCUGCUUUUACUGCGUUUACUUUUUGGUGUUAAUACUACUACUACUACUGAUGAUGAUGAUAAUGAUGAUGAUGUUAAUAAGUAUUUGAAUAACUACGAAUAGUAAUUCCAUGUAAAGAGAAAAAAAAACAAACAAAAUACGAUGGUAAUGAGUUGUGCGUGGGGAGAAAAAAAUAGAAAUGUUUUCUACUUUGCUCGCACACAUUGAACAACUUCAAUGAAGAUAAAAAGAAAAACAGAACAAAAAAAGGUGUAAAGUUUUUGAAGUGAUGUGGUCUAUUUUGCCAUGGCAAGCUUUUUAAAAUCACAUUUGAAACAGUUCGAGGGGGUCAUUUCGAUCGGGUCCUGAAGCGGUGGCUGGUGGUGUAAUUUAUAAUUUGUAGCAGUUUAUGUAUUUGACUCUUUCUGUCAUGCUUUUAACUGCAUCAAACACACAUUUACACCACAUCUGUCCGCUUGUCAUGGUGUGUCCUCUACCGACCAUCUAGAUAAAUGAUUUGGAUCCAUGUCGUUCUCUGGCUGUGGCUGUAAGUCAGUUCUUGUUCUGCCAGACCACAGGGAGAUAAAGAUGUAAUUAGCCAUUACCUGUGGCUGGCUGAGCGAAGGAGCCCGAGCUCCACCUGUCCUUUCCACCGCUCAGUUAUGGCCCCCAUAAAUCAAGCUCAAUCCUACCACUGACAGGAAUCCUCUUCAAGGACAAAUCUCACCUUGGUGCACCACUACUCUCUCUGGUGUGUGUACCUGUGACAAAAAACCCUGUACAGCACAAACAGCAAGAGGAAAUCCCGUAUUUCGUCAUGCCUGCACCCAUUUCUUGUGUUCAGCUCACACUCAGAGACUAUAUGCAAAUUUGCCAUAGCAAGUGCGCACCAAGGGAUGAGUCUACCCCAGCUGAACCCUGACUACUACAACAUGACAGGGGAAUUACUCAAUACUGAAUCAAAUGUGUGAAUGUGUUUUCUUUGUAUGUUUGUUUAUUUGUUUAUUUUGUUGUUUCUUUUUCAAAUCAGCAAUAACCCCUAAUUUUACUGUGCAAGAGAUUUCCAUCAUGGUCAAAUCUGUGGUGUAAUUUCCGAAAUGAUCUGCCAUUAACAAGCUCUAUCAAAAGUCUGUUGUUGUACUUUUACUGUGUACUUUCCUUGGAAAUGAUUGUGAAGCUCUGUUUAAAUGGCCCUUAAUCUAGGACACUAUAUGUCGUUUCCUCUGCGAUGUAUUUGGGUGUUAAAGAACACAUAUUGUGCAUGCAACUACUUGCUCCCAAAACAAUGAUGGAUUCCAUUUCAAGCACAAUAACAGGUCAUUUGGUCUGUGAAACAUUUAUUGCCAGUAUUUUUAAUCUCUUACUGUCUUUUAGAAGAUUUUUUUUUUUUUUUACAGUCACUUUCUGUCCUGCGUCAGCUUCCCACUGAGGGUUAUCAGUGGCCCAUAGCAUCUGUCUGUACAUAAUCUGUUGUUGAUAAAGAUAAAAAAGAAGAUAAAAAAAACUGUGGACAAGAAAACAACAUACUGUCAUGUUUGUCAGUGUGUGUUUGAAAAUAGCAUGUCUGUAUUUGUGAAUGGGUGGAUUUUGAAAAAAAAAAAAAAAAAGAACUACCAAAUUGUGUCUGUUAUGUUCAAGUUUAAUGGUGAAAGGUCUGAAAACAGGCUUAAAACUGAAUUUAAGCAUUUCAAGGUUUGAAAUAUUUCUCCCAUUUCACCAUAAUACAUUUUUAUAUGAUAUUAGGUUUUACAACUUGGAAACCUUACUUGAAUUACUUUAGAUUUCAUAAAUUUUUCUAGGCUCAUUGAUUCAGUUAUUAGAGGCUGAUAUCUUGCAGGAGUGACAUUUAGCGUCAUGCUGACAGCAUGCUUAUAGGUGUGUUUAUAUUUUUGAGUUGGUUAGUUUGGAUUUUUAAUUAAAAAUAAUGGACACCUUUGUUUGUAGAAGCAGAAAAUAUGGGUCCUAGCCAUAUUUCUUCCCUUGCAAAACAAGGUUUGCAGGUCAUUACAAUGGUACCUGGGUUUGGUAUCAGACUAAGAACUUUCAGAAUGCUUUAGUGUAGUAAAACUGGGAUUAAAUCAUUCUUCCAGCCUUCAUGAAGGCAGUCAUUAUCUUGCAGCAGAAUUCUCUAAAUGGUAUAUUUCAGAGAAGACUGAAAAAUCAAGGUGUGCCAACAGCACGUGCUAACAAAUUAUCAGAACAGUACUGGUUCUAAUGGAGCAAUUUCAAUCUCAAACAUUUUACAACAGCUAAAUGUCAUUCUUUACACCUUUACACUCCUGACAUUUUUAUUUUAUUUAGUUAUUCGCAUAAGAUCAUUUGUGAGUUUCCUCCUUAGCCAAUUUUUUUUGUUUAUGUGUUAAGAGUGUUUCACCUUACAAGGUAACUGACUAACUAAAGGUAAAGUGACAAAGUAUCAAAAUUAGUAGUCAAACCAAUGUAACAUCUGAUUUUAUACCACAAGAAGUCAUAAAAACUCUGGAAACAAAGUUGCUUUGCCAGCAGUCCAUGCUAUAUGUCCAACCAUUUAGCAUGGACCGCUAAUUUUAUGCUUUCCAAAAAUGGAAAGCAUAAAAUUAAUUAAUCUCCUUGGAUCUUGCCUCUCUUGUUCAUUACUGCCAAGCAAAUGUUGUAUUUUUUACUAUUUCCACAAAAUACUAAUUGCUCAAACUCUCUUCAUAUAAUCCAGUUUCAGAUAAAACUGAAACCACCACUCUCCUUAAACUCCUGCUUCUCUCGGGGUUGCCACUCCUUCUAUCAGAGAUCCUCGUUUCCUCAUUGCUAACCUCUUUUUUAAUCUUUAGUAUUAACUACUGAGCAACAGGUUGAUAAUGACAGGCCUCUUUGAAGCAAUUUGACAAUGUUAUUAUAUAUAAUCAGGCACAUAUCUUUGCUCACAGCCAAACAUGAUUCACACUCUUAUUAUGGCAUAAAGGCUGCAGAGACGGUUGUCAAGCUGGAAGAAGAUGCCUGGGGUAUAAAAUUUAAGGGUAGAUGAAGUUCCUGCCGAGGGAGCAACCAGCCGGAUGAUCCCGUGGGAUGAUAUCCUGAGAAUGCAAAUCCAAAAGUUCAUAGCUGGAGGGAGAUGCAAUGACACUCACCAGACAGUGAACCCUUCAUUGUGAGAAGGAAGACAGACAAGCAAUCAAAUUGCAUUUCCAAACUUCAGCGUCGUGGUCCCCCCCAGGGGAAGGUGUAGCACAUUCUAUUUAUGCUUGCACCAUGUAAUAUGAACAUCAUUAACAUAGCCUUGAUCACAAAUGCAGUCUGGCCUAUUUCCAGUGUGUAAAUAACACUCCAAGUGGGGUGCAAUGCGUUUACAGUGAUAUAAACAAGACGAUUCUUCAGCCCCUAAUUACAUUCGGCGUACCCUGAUGAGAAAGUGUUGAUUGGCUCCUGUAGCUGAAGGUUAUGAUGAUCUAUUUCCAGAGUCAUUCUAAAUAAGGUGUUACAAAACUUCAGCCUGUUUACUGUUUGUAGCAUUGUAGUGCAUUUUAACAGCUGUAUUUGUUUCACAAUUGUUUCACAUAAAUGCUUGGUCAAAGAAUAUGAAAUGAAUAGAUUUAUUGGAUCUUUAUUUAUGUUUAGCAUAUCAGUAAUGUUGUAUGAAGAGAAUUGUAAAAUAUUCAGAGGAAUGUGCUUUUAGAAGAGGAUAGCAUAUUUAAAUGCUUAAUGGUGCAAAUAAAAUCAGUGUAGUAAAACAAUAAAUAUAAAAAUAAAUCUGAUAGAACAUGAAUAUAUCCAUAAUUUAAUACAAGGUAGUGGGCUUACUGCAUAUCUCCUCUUUACAGCAGGUUUGCUGCUCAAAGCAAAUUCUGGAAUAGACUUUCAAUCCUCAACACAAUAGUUAAUCAAUAUAUUUGACUGAACAGCUUUGAAAUAGAGCAAUAUCUCCCCAGCCUCAGAAACUGGAUUGAUCAAGUGUCCAUAACCCAGCCUUAGAGCAGAGAGCAUUAUUCAUCAUGCCUGAUACAAGACACCCCUAAUUGCACAUCGAUUUUAGGCCCUUUUCUGAAACUAUUUGGGCAAGCUGUAAUGUCAGCUUGGUAAACUAUGUACUCAGAAGCAUGAGUCAAAUCCAGGGAAAUAAAGAAUUAAUCAUUAGUUUUCCAUUUCAAGUAAAUGCAGUCUUGUAUUUUUGUUGCUUGUUUUGGUACAUAGCCUUUCUAUAAAAUUGCAUGUGCUAUUAUGUCAAUAUAAGGAUGACAACCACAAGAACAAUAAAUUAUGUGUAACAGAUUAGUUUCAUUUGUGAGCUGCAGCAUAGUCUCAUAGCAACUAGAGGCAGUAUACCAAAAGGAUAUGCUACACCAGCGUGAUAAUUGCAUAUGAAUCAAUAUCAUUAUUCCAAAUCCCCUGCUCAUGUCCUUUACUGCAAAGCACGCCUAAUUCCCAUAUAUUAUCCCAAUCACCCAUUGUUUACCAGCUAUCCGGAGGCCCAUUCCAUUCUCAUGGGCAAAGUCAGUGUUGCAAGUUUAUUAAGACGCAAUAUAGUUUCAUUACUGCAGCUAACGUGUGCCCCUGUAUGCUGCCUGUUGGGUGUCAACAAGACGAGGAAAAACUGCAAUGGAUUGAUGGAUUGCAUGGAUUGGAGUGACAGGCAGGCAGAGAUUCCUCUCUUAACAAAGACUUUGGGCCACAGAGCAGAAGCAUUGGUCUAAUUAACAGCAUGCCACAGUCCACCAGCUGGGCGACGGCAACAUUCAGGCAGGCAAAAGCAGGAAUCUCGCCCACCACGUCUUUCUAGUCAUUAAGUCGCCCACCUCGCAUCUUCAACACAGAGAGAGCACCAUUACUUGGCCUCUGUGAAUAACCGUCCUACGCGUUGCAUUUUCCUUGUCAAUCAACCGAUGAGUAAAUAUUGGUUGCAACACCAAGAACUAACAAAGACAAAAAAAAAAGAAGGUGGAUGUCUGUUUGUUUUGGGGUUUUUUUCUCCACAACUCAGUCACAACUGGUAUUUUUGUGCUGAUUAAUAUUGCAGUCAUGUUACAGAAAAGCAGUUAUGUUGCAAACCAAGGUAAGCUGAAGUUACAGCUGCAGGGUAAAAUGCUGGAAUCUGGGAUACAUGAGAAGAUAGUAAGAGGGCUGUGAGCCUCCGGACAGAAAUUACUGCUUUGAAUAGAAAGAGGAAAACGUCUUAUUUGAAAUCCGAUAACAAAUUUUACUUGAGGACUCCUGUUGUGUAAAAUUGCUGGAAUAAGCUGACUUAAUGUUGAAUGUAAAAACCCAUCUCUCCAUGUUUCUAUUCUUUACCAUCUGAAUUAGUUUUUUGUGCAGACGAUCUGAGAAAAUGGUCCCCCACCCGCACCCCUUUUUUCUACAGGUUUGCCCACUUUUUUGCAUUUUUUAGAGAUGCAUUGUGUGUAAACUAGCACAAGGACUGCAGUGAUGCAUGUUAAAGUGUGCAUUAACCAUUAAUAAUUCCAAGGGCCUUGUUUCUGAGCAGUAUGUGUGCAUCUGCGUGUUUGUGUUCUAAGCUCCACUGGGCAGGUUGUUUCAUUCGUAACAUACACCUGGUUUGCAGGUUCUUAUUACAUUCCUAAAGAUGUUAUCAAUGUAAACAAACAAGACAAAAUGAAAGGAACAAAACAUUUGUUUUCCAACCUGAGAGUUGUUCUGUGCUGUAAAGUGAUGAUUGUAUUUUUUUUAUUUAGCUGCAAAUUCUGUCUUUUUUACUUUUAUUUCAUUGCUGUUGGUAUCUUUUUUCCUUUUUUUUUUUUUCAAAAUCCACAAAGUGGAAAAUGAUAUCAAGUGGAGGGAGACAAAAAAUAAAACAAUUUUGUUUUUAACAAAA